AUGCUCAGCUUCCGCCGCGCCCUCGUGGCCGCGGCCUUCUUCAUUAGCGUACUCUUCUUCGCCACAAGAUCGACAUCAGGAGCCGUCUCGUCGUUAGCCGUCCAGCCUCCAAAGGCACAGUCCGAUUCCGACUCGAAACAAGGCUCAGUCACAACAGGCGCAUCCAACAAUGCGGUACACGCAGGAGGGCACCGCAAUUGGCCAUCACCGCAAGGACAGCAGACGAUGCAGGACCCAUCAAAGAUGACGCUUUACGACAGGCUCGCGUACCAAUUUCCCUACGACGUCGAGACCAAGUUCCCCGCAUACAUAUGGCAGACCUGGAGGUGGACCCCCGCGCACGCCGAGUUCCAAUUUCGCGAGCAGGAGGCGACGUGGACCGAGCAGCACCCAGGCUUCAUCCACGAGGUCAUCACGGACCAGGUCGCGGUGCACCUGAUCCGCCUGCUCUACGCGUCGGUGCCCGAGGUGAUUGAGGCGUACGCUGCGCUCCCGCUGGCCGUGCUCAAGGCCGACUUCUUCCGCUACCUGAUCCUCCUGGCGAGGGGCGGCAUCUACUCGGACAUUGACACGUACGCCAUCCGCAGCGCCCUGGAUUGGAUUCCGGAGGUGGUGCCGCGGAAUACCGUCGGGCUGGUGAUUGGCAUCGAGGCCGACCCCGACCGGCCGGAUUGGAAGGACUGGUACAGCAGGCGGGUCCAGUUCUGUCAGUGGACGAUCCAAGCCAAGCCGGGGCACCCCGUCCUGCGGGAGGUGGUGACGCGGAUUACUGAAGAGACGCUGAGGCGGAAGAAGGCUGGGUCGCUCAAGAACAUUAUCGACAAGAAUGUCAUUGAGUUCACAGGCCCCGCGCUUUGGACCGACGUCAUCUUCGAGUACUUCAACGAUCCGCGGUACUUUGACAUGAGCCAGUCGGCCGGGCCGAUUGACUGGCGGAACUUCACGGGAAUGGAAAAUCGCAGGCGGAUCGGAGAUGUGAUUGUGUUGCCGAUUACGAGUUUCUCGCCAGGGGUGCAGCAGAUGGGCGCUAAGGACACCGACGACCCGAUGGCGUUUGUGAAGCAUGAUUUCGAGGGAACGUGGAAGCCCGAAAGUGAGCGGCACAUCGGCGAGUGA